UCCCGCCAGUCGAGCCGGCCGCCGUGCAGUAGCCGGGCCCGCCGCUAGAGCGCUGGUGUCGCCCCCCACUCUACCUUCCCGGAGACGGAGCGGACCUGACCCAGCAGUCGAGAGUGGAACCCGGAGCGGGAACGUUCUCACAUUGUUCUGCGUUCCUCCGUCUGACGUGUUGUUUACAACCGAGUUUUCUCUGUGUCGGACCCUGGAUCUUUCCUACGUCUGCUCCGACGCGGUCUGGCCUGUAUUGUGGACUGGCUGCAGAUCUGUCAUCGUCCCUGACCAUUCUCCGUAGGUGUUAGCGUGAAAAGUGAAUUUCAAUCGAACUGAAUCGAUUAGCUUUUUCUUAGUGUCUGUUGUUUACUCAUUGCUGUGGUGUUCGAUGUCAAUGGUGUUUGUACAGUAAGUCUUAACAUUAACUAAACGUUUUAUUGAUCUCCGUAUAUCUUGUGGAAAAUCUCGUUUUAACCGUAGUUUACACAGUAGAAAGGGUAGUUUUCGCUUGUCAGGUCGAAAAUGGGGUCUAUUGUCGCAUGUGUCAGAAUCAGCUGUUCUCUAGAGUCCGGUAGCCACGUGUUGUAAACAAACCGAGUAGGCCUAACCUCAAAAGCGAAGCUCGGCCGUUGCGUAGUGAAGUUCUCACGGCAACGCCGGCGGACCCUAGGGCACAUCCACAAUAGUAGGCUACAGCAGGGGGUGGGACCUUUCAUAGCCAUUAUUGACCAUAAGGUGCGGUACGACUGAAGUGAGGCGGUCGCUGCCUAAUUAUCAGGCUCGAGUUUCUACUACCUGCCCUCGCUAAAAAGGUCGCGGCUGCCCGAGCCGGCUUGCUUCCACCGCUACAGUCUUGAGAGGUGAGCGGAGCGAGCGAGGGGCCGGGCACGAUAGUCAAGCUGGCCGCCACGACGACGAUGAACCCCCACUACCACCCCUACACGGAGCUGAGCUCUCCGCACUCGCCCCCACCGGACAACAGCAGCUACCACGGUGGUCAGAGCAACGGUCACGGCCACGUGCUACCCCACCCGGCCCACCACGAGCACCACCACCCCCACCCCGCCUUCCAGCCGCCCCACCAUCCGCUCCACCACCAUCACCACCACCACAUGAACAACAACAACAACAAUAACAACAACAACAACCAGAACUGUGGCAGUGUGAAGGUGUGCGCGGGCUGUGGCGGCAAGAUCGUGGAGAGGUUUCUACUUCACGCCCUGGACAGAUACUGGCACAACAGCUGCCUCAAGUGUUCCUGCUGUGGAGCCCUGCUAGCGGACCUAGGCACCUCCUGCUUCACCAAGGCCAACAUGAUCCUCUGCAAGGCGGACUACAUCAGGCUGUUCGGCAACUCCGGAGCGUGCUCCGCGUGUGGUCACACCAUCCCAGCCAGCGAGUUCGUGAUGCGCGCGGGGGCCGCCGGGGGCGGCGGCGGGGGUGGAGGCUCGGGGCCGCCUCACCACGUGUUCCACCUCAAGUGUUUCGCCUGCAGCAAGUGCGGGGCCCAGCUGGUACAGGGAGACCGCUACUACCUGCUGGCGGGCAGCCUGGUGUGUGAGCAGGACUGGCACAAGCUACUCAAGGGCUCGGCAGUAGCGGCGGGUCCUGGCACCGGAGUACGCAAGGGCAAGGUGGGCCGGCCGCGGCGGAGUCGUGACUGAAACCCAGGUUGGGUGCCGAUGUGAGCCCACCCCUGUACAUUGGACCGUGUACAUAACGCCAGUGUUCUUCUCUCACUGUACAUACUGUAGAACACUGUUCUGCGCCUGCGCCAGCGCUCGCUUCCACUCGAUGUACUUACUUUACCUUACAUUACAUUGUACAUUGUACGGGCUACAAGUACGUACAUGUUGAAAUCGUUGGUGUUAUUGUGUGUUAUCGUUAACGGGAAAACGAGCACUCCAUCAUUUCCUUGUUUGUAAUGGGAUUUACAAAAGUUAAAAAAUUACAUUUCAGCUCGCAUGAGUGAAAUCUAAAAGUGUAAUUAUUAAAGGACUGGAUUCCAAAGUGCGUUUAGUUAAAUUUUUAAAUUUAAUUUAGUUUUUAAAUAUGAUAAGGUUUAAAAAAAUAUUUGUUCUAUGAUCACGUUUAUCUGUUAGCUGGGUGAAGCUUAAAUAUGAAAUUUAAACAGAAUGUAAUUUAUUUCAUGAAAAUAAAGUCCACGUUGUAUGUAGAUUUUUACAUAUCGUAAUUUAUGUAAAGUCAAAUUUGUUAUUGCACAUUUGCAAUGUGAUAAUUUUUCUCUAAAACCUAACAUUGUAUUUUAGGCAAAGCCUAAAUUUGUUUCAAUUGAAGCAGGUUUUUUAUUGAUAGUUGUUCGUUUUAAGAAUAAUAGCAAUACUUUUGUGAUGUUUUAAAAAUACUUCAGAUCGAUAUGUUUGUUACUUUGUAUUUUCAUAAGUGUGUAUGUAAAUUAAAUUGCAGCUGGCCUCCGAUACAUCUAUCCUCAUGUGGGGGUUUCUAUAGUACAGUUCAUAAAAUGCCUGUUCAUUGAGAUGUAGUCCAAUUCUGUUAUCUGAUUUUUCACUAUAAUUGUCAGUAUUUCUCUAGUGUAAAAGUUUUCAUCAGUGACGACCCAUUACUAAUUGUGAUUAAAUGUUCGGCCAAUACUAGAAUAAUGUUGAAUCGUUUUAAUACUGUCAAUAAUUGACCGAUGUUCCCACUGUCAAUAAUUGACCAACUGUUCCCAUUGUAAUGUUGACAUUUCGUUUUGUAAAGUGUACAUUGAUGAGCCCUACGACCCUACGGUGUCUUGCAAAUGUAAAUAUGCGUCAUCAUCUACCGUAAUUCAUUAUUUUACACCGUGUUUUUAUAUUGUUUGUGUUGUUGAUUUUUGUUAUUGCAACACUUUGAUAUAUUUAUUUGUUUGUUUAUUGUAAACUUUGUUAAAACUAUUAUGACUUCGAUUUAUUUUAUUGUUAUGGUGAAUGCGACAAUGACUUCAAAUCUAAAAUUAGGGACAAAACCAACGAAAAAGUGCUAAUUUUUAAUUGUAACAAAUUUAUUAAUGCUAUCGAAUUCCACAAUUUUUGAAAUGUUCCAUUUAUAUAUAACUCUAACAGUGUAUCUUGUAUCAGACCCACUUGUUAUUAGUUCAUUACACAGUGUAAUUAUUUAUCAUAAGCCAAUUAUUAUUACAGUAUAAAUAUGUACUUAUUAUUUUUGUUAAUCAAUUUUAACGUUAUUUAUUAAUAUUUAAACACUGUUUUGUAGUUUCGUAUAUUUUGAAGUUACGUAUUUCACAGAUCUCAAGUCGAUUAGUACAAGUUGCUUGUAAUAUUUUCCUGAAUGAAAAGAAAAUAUUUGUUGUGUUAAAAAUACAGAAUACAUAAAAUGUUACGCUCUUUCAGGAAAUCUAAAUUAAUUGUAUUAGAUUAUAUAGUAUGACUAUUUCUGUACUGAAUUAUUAAUAGGCAUAAUCUGGUCAGUUGUACCGGAGCUUUCAUCUUUAUACUGUAAACCAAUCUGAAAACUUAAUAAGUAUAUAAUGUGAGCCAAGAGGCACAAAGUAUCGAAAAUAAGCAAUAAUGGUGCAAGAAGCGAACCCUGUGAACCAAACCAGAAUUUGCUCAAGCACUGCAAUAACUUGACCCCUGUCUAGACCAUUGUUAAUAUUGUACAUUGCUGUAUAUUUGUUGAUGUACCGACCUCUGUUAAGUUCACAGUGUUUAUAAGUUGUUGGCCAGUGCUACCUCAUGUUGAUGGCACUAAGUCUCUAUCUACCUUACACCCCUGACAUCAACAUUAAUAAAGUGGACAUUUCCAGAA